AUGGCGACCGUAUUUGUUGCUGUUGGUAUAGCAUUAAUUCUUUAUGUAGCCUAUCGAUUAUAUCAACAUUUAUUUCCACCACCAAAUAUAAAUCCACAUGGUAAAUAUGUUUUAAUAAGUGGAUGUGAUUCAGGUUUUGGUCAUGGAUUAGCUAUUGAACUUGAUAAACAAGGUUUUAAUGUAUUAGCUACUGUACUUUUUCCGGAUAGUGAAGAACGUCUUACCGGUCAAUUAUCUAGUCGAGCUACAGUUUUUUGUCUUGAUAUAACACAACAAGAAGAUAUAGAAACUGCAUAUGAGAUUGUUAAAAAAAAAACUAAUACACUUCAUGCAUUAGUAAAUAAUGCAGGUAUUACCAAAACUGGUUUUAUUGAUUGGACAUCAUGUGAUUUUAUACGUGAAACAAUGGACGUAAAUUUUUUUGGACAUAUUCAAAUGACAAAAACAUUUUUACCAUUACUUAUAUCCCGACGUGGAUCACGUGUAGUUAAUAUUUGUUCAGUAGCUGGUUAUAUGGCUACAUCCGGUCUGUCAGCAUAUGCAUGUUCAAAAUUUGCAUUAGAAGCUUUUUCGGAUUGUUUACGUCGAGAAAUGUAUCAGUGGCAUUUACAUGUAUCAGUAAUUGAACCUGGUUUUAUGCGAACACCAAUUAUUGACGAAUAUGAACUUGAUUGUCGUAAUUUAUGGGCUGAGCUUCCUGAAGAUAUAAGAAAUCGAUGGGGUGAAAAUUUUUUUCAUGGUUUUAUUGCAAAAAUACAAAAAAAUCCUUUUCGUUCAAAUGCUGAAAAUCCUCAAAAAGUUAUUAAAGCAAUCCGUCAUGCUGUUAUGAAUACUGCUCCACAUAUACGAUAUCGACCUGGAUGGCAAUCAAGUCUUUUCUUUUUUCCACUUUCUAUGCUUCCUGCUUGGUUAGCAGAUUUUUUUUUCAUUAAAACAAAAGGUAUGGAUGCUAUCCCUACUGGUAUUUAUGAUCAACAAGAUUAA